UGACCAUUCAUAAUUCAACAUUCUACUAUAGCCACUACCGGUACGCAUUGGUUUAGUAGCAUGCAACCACGGUCAAUUCACUGGUCUUGCUUUCCGAGAAGCACCACGAGAACAAGGUUGGCAAAUGCUACACCCACGGCAAGUGCUUUACUCUCGAGAAGGAUGAAUACCGCCGUAGCAAGGCCAAAAGCAAGUGCAAUGAUUAUCAGCGCAAGAUUUCUGACAAAGAUGGGUUCUACGGUGGUGUUUGGGGUUUUGAUGCUGGCGACCGAAAGUUGAAGAAAGCGACUCGACUCUGCCAGUGACAUUGCAAACAACGUCGGGGACAUCUCGUAAGUUUUCCUAAACUCGCAUGAAAUAUUAAUAGCUGAUGGGAAGAUAUUGUGCUAACUUGAUUCUGUCUUCUUUAAUCACAAGUUUUUGCCCCGAAGAGGACACUUGCAAGGAAUUGAUCAUGAACGAUGCCAGUUUUGGAUUCUAUAAAGGGACCUGCAACAUUUUUGGAUCUUGCUUGUAGACCUGCUAACACCGUGAUUAGCAUUGCAAUAGACCAGACUGUCACUCUUGAAAACAACUACUCGUAGCCAGCCAAGCGUUCUUCCUUGGGAACCCACCACGCUUUUGGUUCACAACGUGGAAAUUAUUUGAGUCGAAUGAGUCGAGUCGAUCUGCAUCUGACGUAACCGUAUCUUCCGCGAACGCAUGUUUCGGCUGUUUCCAAACUUCCAACCCCUUUUUGUGGCUGGAAACACUGCGAAAGUUCAAGUUGCCAUCACCUUCCCCACCAAAGAAGAAAAGCCAUCGAGACAGACCCACCACAAGGAAACCACUUCCUCACCGCUGACGAAGGCCCCACAUUACAGGCAGUUCGCUAAGACAAACAGAUUCCUACGAAACGUGCGGCUACGGCAGGAUACCCCUUCGAAAAAGAUACCGUCGAGGUCAAGAGCCACAAUUCAAUUCCAGAUCUUGUGAAAGAAGAAGGGAGAAAGAAGCUGAACAAAAAUGCAACUACUUUCACUUGUCGUUGGCUGGUCAGUUUUGGUUACAUCCUCAGUUGUCCAGUCAUCCUUUGCGUUUUCUGCCAAGGCACCCUUUGCCCCAAAGCAACACAUUAGCAACAGUGCUCUCAACGUCGCAUCCGUCGAGAUUCCUGCAGUGGCUGACAUGGAGCGAGGAGUAGGAGGUCGAAUUGAAGAUGCCUUUGCGGCCGCCAAAGAAAAGGGGGAAGCUGCCUUUGUUACCUUUGUCACUGCUGGGUAUCCAACUUCUGAUGAUACUCCUGCCAUUUUGAUGGCCAUGCAAGAAGGUGGAGCUUCCGUCAUUGAAUUGGGUGUCCCUUACACUGACCCCCAGGCCGAUGGCGCUACCAUUCAACACACAAAUCAAGUAGCCAUUAAGGGAGGAACAUCCGAUAUUCCUCAAUGCUUGGAACAUGUUAAAAAAGCUCGCGAAUUGGGCUUGACGGUUCCUGUUGUCCUGAUGGGAUACUACAACCCUUUCUAUCAAUAUGGAGUGGAAAAGCUGUGCGAAGAUUCCAAAGCUGCCGGUGCUGACGGAUUCAUUGUGGUAGAUUUGCCUCCUGAAGAAGGCAAGGCAUUGAACAAGGCUUGCAUCAAAAAUGGACUCUCCAAUGUUCCCUUGGUCGCUCCCACUAGCAGUGACAAGCGUAUAGAAGCACUCACCAACAUGGCGUCUACCUUCCUUUACUGUGUGUCUGUCACGGGUGUUACUGGAGCCAGAGACGCACUCCCCGAUGAUUUGGAAGAAUUUAUUGCACGCGUCCGUUCCAAGACCGAUUUGCCCAUCGCGGUGGGAUUUGGAAUUUCCAACCCUGGCAUGGUGAAUGGAGUCGCCAACAUGGCCGAUGGUGUUGUGGUCGGUAGUGCUAUUUUGAAAGCAAUGGAUAAACUCGGCGAUGAUGCCACCACGGAACAGAGAGCCGAUGCUAUUCGCGAUAUUGUUACUCACCUCAAGUCUGGCUGCACACAAGCCGACGAUGCCAAAAACCAAGCAACAAAACUCGGUCAGAUUCCGGCAGAAUGGAUUGGAGACGACAAGAACACCCGAUUUGGAGAAUUUGGAGGACAGUACAUCCCCGAAACCUUGUCGGUGGCCUUUGAGGAAAUUGAACAGGCAUUUGACGAAAUCAAGGAUGAUCCCGAUUUCUUGGCGGAACUCGAUACGUACCGUAAAGAUUUCGUAGGGGGGCCCACCCCUCUUCAUAGGGCCAAUCGUCUGACCGAAUUUGCGGGAGGCGCCAACAUUUGGCUCAAGCGAGAGGAUUUGGCACACACGGGUGCCCACAAAAUCAACAACGCCAUUGGCCAAGCUCUGCUCGCCAAGCGCAUCGGAAAGCCUCGUAUCAUUGCCGAAACCGGCGCCGGACAACACGGAGUGGCUACUGCAACUGUCUGUGCCAUGCUUGGAUUGGAUUGCACCGUCUACAUGGGAGCCGUCGAUUGCGAACGACAGAAAUUGAACGUGUUCCGUAUGAACACUCUGGGCGCCAAGGUCGUGCCCGUCCAGGACGGACAACGCACCUUGAAAGAUGCCAUUAACGAGGCCAUGCGUGAUUGGGUCACCAAUGUCCGUGAUACUCACUACCUGAUUGGAUCCGCUGUCGGUCCCCACCCGUUCCCUGCCAUUGUGAAGGAAUUCCAAAGUGUCAUUGGCCGUGAAAUGCGAGCUCAAAUGCUGGACAAGGCUGGAAAGCUCCCCGACGCCGUCGUUGCCUGCGUCGGAGGUGGAUCCAACGCCAUUGGUGCGUUUGCUCCUUUUUACGAUGACGAAACUGUAGAACUUCACGGAGCCGAAGCCGCUGGAAAGGGCAUUGAAGUGGACGAAGAGCACUGCGCGACAUUGACCAAGGGUACUCCAGGAGUUUUGCAGGGAGCAAUGACCUACGUGAUUCAGAAAAAGUCUGGACAGACACUCAAUACACAUUCCGUUUCGGCCGGUUUGGAUUAUCCUGGUGUGGGUCCAGAGCAUGCCUACUUGAAGGACAGCGGCCGUGCCACCUAUGGAGCAGUCACGGAUGAAGAAGCCUUGGAAGGUUUCAAGUUGAUGUGCAAGUUCGAAGGAAUCAUUCCUGCUUUGGAGACGAGUCAUGCAAUCUACUAUGCCGUGCAACUUGCCAAGAAGCUCGGCCCUGGUAAGGAUAUUGUGAUUAACAUGAGUGGACGUGGUGACAAGGAUAUGCCCCAAGUGGCCAAAAUCAUGGGAGUGGAAGUGUAAGAAAUUUACUUUAAAAGAGAAGGAAUGCUACUUUGGUUUGUACGGUCCGUCUAUAAUAGCUGGUGACCUUGUCAGAUAUCAAAAGGAUGAGAGGCAUCCUUGGAAAUCUAUCUAUCCAUCGAUCUGGGGUAUUGUUCGUUGCUGCUGUAGUGCUAUCAUGGCUUCAUAUUGUUGUUUGUGCAGUUGUAGAGCGCGUUCAUAGAUUAGGGUAUCGUACUUGACAUACUCUUGCAGCAACGGCCACAGUUCCUCAUCCUUCUUCAGCUCUUGAACUACUUUGGAGGUGGAGUACUUGGACGGAUUGUUCCUCUUUUUUUGGCUGGGAUUGUUGUUGUUACUAUCAUCUAUAUGUACUUUAGCUUCUUGAGUUACCAUUCCAAACUUUUCAAACAAGGGCGUUUGUUCUUGGCGACUGUCAAUGACAAACUGCAACAACUGCAAGCUCUCGGGCAUGCGUUCUACAAUGCCCACGAGGAUGGGUUCUUCUUGUAUAUUACGGAGGAUUUGUUGUGUGCGUUCCUCUACCGUACUCUUCUUCUUUGUGUAGAAGUGUUGUUUUUGUGUGGGUGUCAAGAGGUAAGCGGAGUAUCCUUCUCUG